AUGAGCACGCUCGGCCCUGCAUACACAAAGCAGAAGUUGUGUCUUGAUUUUGCGAGUCUCAAACAUGCGUUCCCCAAGGGCAUCUACGUGGCACCACUACCAGACGAUCCCUUGAUAUGGGCUGGCCUGCUCUUCGUACGGAAAGGCAGGUCGCCAUAUCCAAUCCUCGGCUACAGCAUUACUGAUGCCCACAUCUCUAUUGCAGGACCAUACGCCAACGCGGUCCUCCGCUUCCACGUAGACUUCCCUGACGCAUAUCCCGCUCUUCCGCCGAUCGUCACGAUCCUCAACGACGUGUUCCAUCCACUAGUGACACCUCUGACAACAUACUCCUACAGCACUCGAGACACAGGUGCUGAGACGGCGAGUGCUGCAGACGACGAUCGAUUACCACCGGGCGGGCUUAGCCUGAGGCAUGGCUUUCCACAAUGGUUUGGGGGCAUGAGAGAGGGGGGCGACAACAAAGGAGCCGACAGCACACGGCGCGGGGAGGAAGAGCACAAUGCAGCAGCCGAAUCGAACCACAGCGAGGGUGUGAGGCACCCACCGCACAUCAUUGAAGUGCUGCAGUACUUGCGGAUCGUCUUCAGCACCGAAGCUCUUCUGGACUCCGUCCCACUCGAAGCCGCGGCGAACACAGGCGCAUGGCACGCCUGGAGGAGCCACCGGGCGAAGGUCCACGGGAGGAAAGACUCGCGUAGCUCACCGGGUGGUGGCAGUCGAACGCCCACUGAGCGCAGCAUGUCACCACGACAGCAGCCCGGGGGUGCGCGGAAACCCGGAGAGUGGAACUGGCAAGGGGUGUGGGAGGAUCGGGUGAGGAAGAGUGUGCAGGCGAGCAUCUCCGAGAGUGCGCUUUAUGGGGGCGAGGGUGAUGAUGUGCUGUGCUUUUCUAAAAUGGAUGCGGAGGGUGUUGGGGAGGUGUUGACGAGCUUACGGGAUGGGUCUUGA